CGCAUAUAAGCCGGGGCCGCGGCUGCCCCAAUCUGGUCUCCCGCCCAGCCCCGCCAUGGCCAAGGGCUUCUACAUUUCCAAGUCCCUGGGCCUCCUGGGCCUGCUGCUGGGCGUGGCCGCGCUGUGCACCAUCGUGGCGCUGUCGGUGGUGUACGCGCAGGAGAAGAACAGGAACAAUGCGCAGGGCGCCCCGGGGCCCACGGCCCCCCCCACCCCCCCCACCGAGCCCGGGGCCACCACCCCGGACCUGAGCAAGCCCUGGAACCGGUACCGCCUGCCCGCCUCCCUGGUACCCGACUCCUACCAGGUGACCCUGAGGCCCUACCUCACCCCCAACAGCCAGGGCCUGUACGUCUUCGUGGGCUCGAGCACCGUGCGCUUCACCUGCCUGGAAGCCACCAACCUCAUCCUGAUCCACAGCAAGAAGCUCAACUACACCCUGCAGCAGGGCCACCGGGUGCUGGUGCGGGCCGUGGAUGGCUCUCCCAACCCCGCCAUCGAGCGCACCGAGCUGGUGGAGCGCACCGAGUACCUGGUGGUGCACCUGAGGGAGCCGCUGAGGGCCGGCCUGCAGUACGAGAUGGACAGCGUGUUCCAGGGGGAGCUGGCCGACGACCUGGCUGGCUUCUACCGCAGCGAGUACAUGGAAGGGGACGUCAAGAAAGUCGUGGCCACCACGCAGAUGCAGGCCGCGGACGCCCGCAAGUCCUUCCCCUGCUUCGACGAGCCCGCCAUGAAGGCCACGUUCAACAUCACCCUCAUCCACCCCAAGGACUACGUGGCGCUGUCUAACAUGCUGCCCAGAGUUCCCACCUACUCCUACCCGGACGACGCUGCCUGGAGCGUCACGGAGUUCAACACCACCCCCAAGAUGUCCACCUACCUGCUGGCCUACAUCGUCAGCGAGUUCCACCACAUACAGGCGCUCUCCCCCAACAACGUCUUGAUCCGGAUCUGGGCUCGGCCAAGCGCCAUAGCCAAGGGCCACGGCGAUUACGCCCUGAAUGUGACCGGCCCCAUCCUCAACUUCUUCGCCAACCACUACAACACCUCGUACCCCCUGGAAAAGUCUGACCAGAUCGGCCUGCCCGACUUCAACGCGGGCGCCAUGGAGAACUGGGGGCUGGUGACGUACCGCGAGAACGCGCUGCUCUUCGACUCGCAGUCCUCGUCCAUCGGGAACAAGGAGCGCGUGGUCACCGUCAUCGCGCACGAGCUGGCGCACCAGUGGUUUGGCAACCUGGUCACCGUGGGCUGGUGGAAUGACCUGUGGCUGAACGAGGGCUUUGCCUCUUACGUGGAGUACCUGGGCGCCGACUACGCUGAGCCCACCUGGAACCUGAAGGAUCUCAUCGUGCUGAAUGAUGUGUACCGCGUGAUGGCCGUGGACGCCCUGGCCUCCUCCCACCCGCUGUCCUCCCCCGCCGACGAGGUCAACACGCCCGCCCAGAUCAGCGAGCUCUUCGACUCCAUCACCUACAGCAAGGGCGCCUCGGUCCUCAGGAUGCUGUCCAGCUUCCUCACUGAAAACCUCUUCAAACAGGGCCUGGCGUCCUACCUCCAGGCCUUCAAGUACAACAGCACCGACUACCUGCACCUGUGGGAGCACCUGCAGAAGGCUGUGAACAGCCAGCAGGAAAUCCAGCUCCCGGCCAGCGUGGGCACCAUCAUGGAUCGCUGGAUCCUGCAGAUGGGCUUCCCGGUGAUCACGGUGAACACAGAGACCGGGGACAUCUCCCAGCAGCACUUCCUCCUGGACCCUGAGUCCAACGUCACCCGGCCCUCAAACUUCAGCUACCUGUGGAUCGUGCCGAUCACGUCUCUCAGGAACGGCGCCGAGCAGGACAGUUACUGGCUGAAGGAAGAAAAAGCCCAGAACCAGCUGUUCAAAACCAGUGCGGCCAACGAGUGGGUCCUGCUGAACCUGAACGUGACCGGCUACUACCAGGUCAACUACGACGAGGGCAACUGGAAGAAGAUCCAGACCCAGCUGCAGACCGACCUGUCGGCCAUCCCUGUCAUCAAUCGGGCGCAGAUCAUCAACGAUGCCUUCAAUCUGGCCAGUGCCCGCAGGGUCCCCGUCACGCUGGCGCUGGACAACACCCUCUUCCUGUACCAGGAGAGAGAGUACAUGCCGUGGGAGGCCGCGCUGAGCAGCCUCAACUACUUCAAGCUCAUGUUUGACCGCUCCGAGGUCUACGGCCCCAUGAAGAAUUACCUGAGGAAGCAGGUCACUCCGCUUUACCACUACUUCAAAAACCUCACCGGCAACUGGACCCAGCGCCCGGCCACCCUCAUGGAGCAGUACAACGAGGUCAACGCCAUCAGCACGGCCUGCUCCAACGGGCUCCCCGAGUGCAAAGACCUGGUGUCCUCGCUUUUCAAGCAGUGGAUGGACAACCCCAGCCAAAACCCCAUCCACCCCAACCUGCGCUCCACCGUGUACUGCAACGCCAUCGCGCAGGGCGGGGAGGUGGAGUGGAACUUCGCCUGGGAGCAGUUCCGCAACGCCACCCUGGUGAACGAGGCCGACAAGCUCCGCGCCGCCCUGGCCUGCAGCAACCAGGUGUGGAUCCUGAACAGGUACCUGAGCUACACCCUGAACCCUGACUACAUUCGGAAGCAGGACGCUACCUCCACCAUCAACAGCAUCGCCAGCAAUGUGGUCGGGCAGACUCUGGUCUGGGACUUCGUCCAGAGCAACUGGAAGAAGCUGUUUGAGGAUUAUGGCGGCGGCUCUUUCUCCUUCGCCAACCUCAUUCAGGCGGUGACCAGACGCUUCUCCACCGAGUACGAACUCCAGCAGCUGGAGAAGUUCAAGAUGGACAACAUGGACACGGGCUUCGGUUCGGGCACCCGGGCUCUGGAGCAGGCCUUGGAGAAGACGAAAGCCAACAUCAAGUGGGUGAAGGAGAACAAGGACCCGGUGCUCAGUUGGUUCACGGCCAACAGCCAGUAGUUUAGCCUCCCUUUGUCAAGUCACCAGGCAAGGGCAGAGCCUCGCAAAGCCGCGGCCUGCCCCUCAAGGGUAGCCUUCAGGCCCGAGGCCCUCCCGAGGCCUCGCGCUCCCCACCCCCAGUCCCUCCCCUCCCAGCCACUGCCCUUCACGAGACCUCACCCCUGGCCCCGGUCUGUCCCCCACGCCCGCCCCGGGCUGGGGGCUGAGCUCAGGGACCCCCAGCUCCAGGGCCAAGUGAACAGAAAUCCUUGGUGGACAGCGGCGGCCUUGCGGGGGCUCGCCCCUCGCCUCUCCGUGAGGACCCCAAACCCAAGGAAUCCAUGGCACACCAGAUCUGUAUAUUUUUUUUUCUAAGUAAAAAUGUAAAUAAAGAAUUUGUAGAUGA